UAAUUCCUCCACCCUCUCACACUACAUUAAUUGCAAUUAAUUCUUCAUUCCUCUCUUUUUUUUUCUUUCCAUAAAUAAUACUUUCUUCCUUUUUUUUUUUGGAAAUAAUUAUUGUGUUCUUCGUUUUUGUUUUCGAGUCUCUCUCAACUUUAGAGAGAAAGAGACAGAGACAUAUAUACGUGUUUUCGAGUCUUUGAUCUACAUAUAGUUUUUGUUUGUGACAAACAAUAGAAUAAUUACAUUAUGUUUUUCUGCGUUGAAUUAUGUAUAUAUGUCAUCAAUAGUGCAAUUUGAACAGUUUGAUUAGAAGAAUUAUAUUUAUAUUCCUAAUGUUUGGCCGGGGUUAAUUAAUUUGGAGAGAUAGAUUAAACCCCUCUUUCUGGAGAUUGGUGUUCAAAGAUCAUCAAGUGCUAUGAAGAAGCUCUUGAUUUUCACCUUCUCUCUCAUCACCUCCUUCUCAUUGUCAUCUGGGUUCGAUCCAUUAGAUCCAUAUGCCAACAUAACCGUCACUUGGGAUUUUUUGCAGCAAAGCGAAAGCACAUCUGACAUAAAAGUAUCGAUAUACAACUUCCAGCAAUUUCGGCAUGUGGAUCGCCCCGGUUGGAAGCUGGGUUGGAGAUGGCAAGGUGAUGAAGUGAUAUGGAACAUGUGGGGAGCUGAGGCCAUUUAUCAAGGAAACUGCUCUCGGUUCAAAGGCGCACCAGAGCGUCCUCAUUGCUGUGAAAAGGAGCCGGUGAUCAUCGAUCUCCUCCCCGGAACCCCUUUUAACAAACAGUUCUCCAAUUGCUGCAAGGGAGGAGAGCUUUCUUCCAUGGUCCAAGACUCUUCCAAGUUUCUAUCUGCCUUUCGGAUGAAUGUUGGAGCAUUUUCCAACAAUAGUACAAAUAUAAAUAUGCCCGACAAUUUCACCCUUGGACUCCCUGGUUACACCUGCGGCGCGCCUGUCCAAGUCCAACCGACUAAGACUAGCCAAGAUGGCCGGCGAUGGACAGAAACUCUCGAGACAUGGAAUGUGACUUGUAUGUACUCCCAGUUCAGAGCAUCACCUUCUCCAAAGUGCUGUGUUUCCUUGUCUUCAUUCUACAAUAGCACAAUUGCUAAGUGCCCCCGCUGCAGCUGCGGCUGCCAAGGACUUCCCGGAGCAAAAUGCGUGAAGCCAGGUGAUGAGUUGCAACUUCCUGGUGAGCGCGAGACUGAAGAACCAUCACCUUUGGUGACUUGUACACGACAUAUGUGCCCGAUAGGAAUACAUUGGCAUGUUAAGGAAAGUUACAAGGAGUACUGGAGGGUUAAGAUCACAAUCACCAAUUAUAAUUUUGUUAAAAACUAUUCUGACUGGACCUUAGUCGUUCAACACCCGAAUUUGCAAAGUCUAACGCAGUUGUUCAGCUUCAACUACCACCCUCUCGGUCAGUAUGGAAAUAUAAAUGAUACUGGAAUGUUUUGGGGGAUCAAAUAUUACAACGACAUGUUACUCAGUACGGGAAAGAAUGGGAACGUGCAAACUGAGAUGGUACUGCAUAAAGAUGAAGGGGUUUUCACUUUCAGAGAGGGAUGGACUUUUCCCAGGAGAAUUUCAUUCAACGGGGAUGAAUGCGUGAUGCCCUCUCCUGACGAGUACCCUAGACUUCCCAAUAGGGCUCAUAGGGCAGCAGCAUCAAGGCCAUCCAUCGUAGUUUUUGCCUCGUUGUUGAUCCUUGCAGCUUUGUGAUGACAAAAAGUCUGAAGGAAGAAAUGUCGAUGAUUUUUUAUUCAUGGACUGCAUUUGUAAACUUACAUUAAUUUAAACUCAAUAUUAUUUGAUUGG